GUAAAGAAAGCGUUCUUUGCUUUAGUAGCCAAUGGUGUGAGGGCUGCCCCCUUGUGGGAUAAUAAGAUGCAGUGUUUCGUAGGGAUGUUGACAGUCACUGACUUUAUCAACAUUCUUCACAGAUACUAUAAAUCACCUCUGGUACAAAUUUACGAAUUGGAAGAGCAUAAAAUUGAAACAUGGAGAGAAGUGUACUUAAAUUAUUCUUUACAUUCACUCAUCAGUAUUGCACCCAACUCCAGCCUGUUUGAUGCAGUUUACUCCUUAAUAAAAAACAAGAUCCAUCGGCUUCCUGUCAUUGACCCUGAAUCUGGCAACGUCCUCAGCAUUCUCACACACAAGCGGAUCCUAAAGUUCCUUCACAUCUUUGGUUCAAUGAUUCCAAAGCCACGGUACCUGCAGAAGACUGUUAAGGAAUUGGGAAUUGGGACAUUUAAAAAGAUUGCUACAGUGCAGGAAAAUGCCACAGUCUUCGAAGCCAUCUCCAUCUUUGUAGAGACUCAUGUGUCGGCCCUCCCAGUCGUGAAUGAAGAGGGUAAAGUGGUGGGGCUGUACUCCAGAUUCGAUGUUAUCAACCUGGCAGCACAAAAAUCAUACAACAACCUUGACAUGCCAGUGAAAGAUUCUUUGCAUGGGCGCUUGCAUUGUUUAGAGGGGGUGCUGAAGUGCUACCCACAUGAGACACUGGAAAUCAUCAUCGACCGCAUCGCAAGAGCACAGGUUCAUCGUCUUGUCCUGGUUGAUGAGAACGACUUUGUGAGAGGAAUCGUCUCCCUGUCAGAUUUGCUUCAGGCUCUUGUGUUGACCCCUGCAGGUGUAGAUGCCCUUUUCUCUUAACCCCCUAGGGCUCUCCCGUCACCUCUGCCACACAAUACUUCACAUUAAGUUUGAGAAUUGCAUAGAGGGGAGCUGCCAGCCAUGAAGAAGAUGGAGAGGUCAGAAGACCACCCCCAUGGGCAGCCAGGUGGCUGUCAGAUUUCUUUUGCCAGAGGAACCGUCUUGUGUGACGUCAGUCUGGUCGUUACAGCUGUUUGGAUGGGAGAAGGACCUCCCACCGUGGCUGCCACCCUUGACCCAUUGCUGCCCCUGUUCGUGGGCCGAGACUGUCAGCCGGGACUUUGGGACUAACGGGGUAGGUGCCCGUUGGGCCAGGUGUCCUUCAUACAAGGAGGGGGAUAUGUAACAAGGUGAGGAGCCCUGUAUAUUUAUUUGUUGUUUAUUU